AUGGUCAAUUCCACCAAAGACCUUCCUCUCGGGUGGAACCCCCUAGAUCUGAUGCUGAGUGACGAAGAGGGAGAGGAUGACUCUGUGAGCUGGGAGCUGGACGGAGAUUUGGUUGAGAUCGAGCACCAACAGACACUGCAAGCACUUGAGCCACCUUCUGCUCCUGGGGAAGAGCAAGUAUUCGAUGAGGAAUGUCAGGCACAUGCAGUUGGGGUCGUUCUCCCUUCGUCAACUCUACGACUCUCCAACUCACUCUCGGUUGACAUACCAGAAAGCACACUAGUACCACCCAGUUACCUGUAUCAGGGUGAGAAUCCAGUGCCACCACCUCAAAGAGAAUGGUCUGCGGUCGAACGCUUGCUGGAAGAAUACCAGUGGUCAGGAGUUAUUCCUCGAGACGGGUACAUUGAUAUCGAACUCGACAAGUUUGUCGUUUACACCCAGCCUUAUGCACCUGGGCAGGUCGAUUACCCUAAGGCGUAUUACCCAGCCGAAUUGCGGCCUCUGCAGCAUUUAUCGACCAAACAAAGUAACGACAGCUUGUUUUUUGACGGUGUGCUAUCCGACUUCCGUUCAGACUUCAGCAUUUGGCUUUCACAAAAGCAUGAAGGUUCCCUGGCUUUUUCGAGAUGGCGCAAGCAAUACCCUGGAACAGAUUUCGGCUUUGCAGUCAACGCAAAUAUUCAGUUCAUUUGGAAAGAGGCCAACGGUAUUCUUAGCGAAGCAGCCCGGUCUUUCCGCCUUUGGAAAGAAAUACUACACUUCACUGCCUUCCCUUCUAUUGUGGCAAGCGAAUCUACUCCGUCAACUCAAAGCGAUACAAUCCCAAAGACAGUAGUAACUCCGUACAUCUGUCAGUUAUUCAACGCACUCCCAUGUGGAGUGAUGCUGGAAGAACUCCAGCCCACUCCCAAGACUGAGAGAUUGCGCACCGAGACCUCAAAGGCGCUUAAACUCGAACUUUGCACCAAGAUACACCCUGCCCAGCAGCCAUUCAACAUGAAAAAGCCUACAUCAGGCAUUCAGGUAGGCGACGUGAUCUCUAUACUGCCAGACGCCAGCAUUGAGGUCAGCAUCAAGAGGAAAAGGGUACUAUGGAACAACCAGGAUGAUAAACUCUGGUACGGUAUGGUUCAGAAAGUCCACCAUACACGAGCAGGAGUUGUAUUCGACGUCACUUGGCUGUAUCAACCGAACGACACCCCGUGCGGGCAAAUGACCUACCCCUGGAACAAUGAGAUAUUUUUCUCGGACCAUUGCACCUGCCAUGAAUCCCCCGGCGAGGGAGAGGUUAUAGGCAAGAUCAAGGAGGAGGAAGUGCUUUCCACUCACUCUGUCGACUGGGAUGGUUCACAAGACACAGAAAACGACUUUUUUUGUCGUCUGACGUAUCUCACCGCAGAGCAUUGUUGGGAGACCUUCUCGCCAGCCCACCGACGCUGCUCCUUCUUCCAUCAAGAGAAAGAAGCGAGCUUUGAAUAUCGGCUUGGUGACACAGUUCUAGUCACCUCCUCUCAAGAAGAACAAGCUGAGGUCGUUGAGUUGACAGUACUACCGAACUCAAAUGGACUAGCCACUUUCAGACGCCUUCCGAGCCGACAACAUUAUGAGUCACAGACGCCAACAAACGAAUUACUUUACAGUGACGAGGAGGUUUCCUACAAAGUCACUCAAAUCGCCGGUAGAUGUCUUGUACGGAUCUUCCGGCCAGGCGAGCUCAUCGUCCCCCCAUACGAUCGCGGUGGCGCUGGCAACGCCUUCUACAUCACGAACGCCUUGCAGUGUGGACGUGUGUGCCCUCUUGAGGACACCGAGUUCAGUCUCAGACAAGCUUUUGACCCUUCCAAAUCCUUCCCUAAGCUCAGGGGUGCCGACCUCUUCUGUGGAGGUGGGAAUUUUGGACGUGGUUUGGAAGAAGCUGGCGCCAUCACCAUGGAUUGGUGCAACGACAUGAAUGCAAAGGCGGUACACACUUAUGUUGCCAACGCAGGCAACACGGUCGCUCCGUUUACUGGUCCCAUAGAGGAACUCCAGAAGCUUGCAUUGCUUGGCACCUUCAGCGACAAUGUUCCUGAAAUCGGGCAGGUGGAUUUUGUCUCCGGUGGCAGCCCGUGUCCUGGGUUCUCUCGCCUCACGUCCGACAAAACGAAACCCAAGCAGCUCAAAAACCAGUCGCUGGUAGCAGCUUUCGCCUCAUUCAUUGACACAUACAGGCCUAAAUACGGCUUGCUCGAAAAUGUUGAGGGUAUCGUGCAACCGGAAACCAAGAAGAAGGAAGAUGUCUUCCGUCAGCUCAUCUGCGCAAUUGUUGGCCUUGGUUACCAGACUCGGUGUUUCCUCCUUGAUUCUUGGUCACAUGGUGCGCCUCAGACACGGACUCGAGUUUUCCUCUGCUUUGCGGCGCCAGGUCUCAAGCUCCCAAAGGUUCCACGACAUUCACACUCCCACUACAAGGCGCGAAAACUCAAGCUAGGCCAAUUAUCCAACGGGCAGUUCAUGAUAGAGCGACAGCUUUCUGUGCCGACUGCCUUGAAGUUCGUCUCCGCUGCUGCAGCAACUGCUGACCUGCCUGACAUCAAGGACGGCAAACCGGAUUUCUGUGCAGAGUUUCCUGACCAUAGGGUUGCCUGUGGCGUUACGAAGAACCUCCGCACACAAAUGAGCAUCAUUCCGUUCCAUCCAUAUGCCAUGGACUUUCUUCUAUCCUGGAGAGAUGGCAAAGGUACCAUGACGAAAGCAGAGAGGCAGUGCUUCCCUGAUAGGGGCAGGAGGGUCAACAAAGGCUCUCGGGCUUUCGGUCGAGUCAAACCAAGCGACCCCAUGCAUACGAUUACAACCAAAUCCCAGCCUUCUGACUCUUCUAUCGGAAAAAUCUUGCAUUGGAACCAGAAUAGGCCAUUGACAGUCAUGGAAGCUCGUCGUGCCCAGGGAUUCCGCGAUAAUGAUAUCAUCCUGGGCAAUCCUGUUGACCAGUACCAAAUCAUCGGCAACAGCGUAUCCAGAGAGGUGUCGAUUGCUCUCGGGGUAUCUUUCAGAGAGGCCUGGCUCGGUUCCUUGGUGGACGGCGAGGAGCUUGAUCCGAUUGUAUGGCGACCCCCGGCACAGUCGAUGAAUGAUGCUGUCGAAGACUCCGCAAUGAGCCCGGGAACGCCUGCGUUGGCCGAAUCGUCUAGGGGAACUCCCGUCUCAAAGUCGCCGCGUCCUCUGCCGAAGCGUAAAUUGGGAAGCUCCUUGGGGAUUGAGUCAUUUGUCUCGAAGUUGAAGAAGUCGAGCCGAGCACAGAUGGCUAGCGAAGGGAGGGUGAGAUCGAAUGAACAGUACGAGCCCUCGGGGUCUGCCUCGGCUUUGACAUCGACCUCGUCAUCGGUUGUGACAUCAUUUUCGUCGCCAGCUCCCGCGUCGACCGUCGCAUCGGUCUCGUCGAGAUCGAACGUCGAGGUUGUUGAGUUGGAUUAA